AUGUCCGGCGCCAAGAAACAUCAUGUCGUGGCCGUCGAUGGUUGGAUCAACCCACCACCCCUGAACUUCGAGUACGACUUCACGAAAUAUCCAACCGUCGGUCAAGACUUGCUGCUUGAGCAUGUGAAAGAUGCGACAAUCGUCAUCACUUCCGGAAGGCCCAUGAACCGUGCAGUGAUCGAGGCCGCACCGGUACUGGAAUUAAUCUCUGUAUCCGGCACCGGAACGGACCACAUCGACCUGGAGGCUGCACGCGAGCGCAACGUUGCCGUGUGUCGAGUACCAGCGCAGAAUACCGAGACUGUGGGCGAGCAUGCGUUUGCAUUAUAUUUUGCGUUGAAGCGGAGGAUUCUCCCGCUCCAUAAUCUGGCAGCGGACGGCAAAACGUGGGCACAGAGUCCUCCAGCAACCGCAAAGGCAUUUGGUAAACCACCGCGAGUCAACUCGGAGGAAACGCUUGUCGUCGUCGGCAGACAUGUCGAGACGAUGGGACGAGCCCUCGGAAUGAACGUUCUCAUUGCUGAGCGCAAGGGCUCAUCAGAGAUUCGCGAAGGGAGAAUCUCCUUCGAUGAAGCAGUCAAGAAAGGCACUGUCUUCUUCAUCGUCGCACCUGGAAACGACAGCACACGAGCCAUGUUCAGCACACCUGAGUUUGAGAGGAUGGACUCUUCCGCACUGAUUAUCAACUGUGGGCGAGGAGGCGUUGUUAGCGAGAAAGAAGUCGCAGCUGCACUCCGUGAGGGGACAAUUGGCGGCUAUGCGACGGAUGUCUUCGAACGUGAGCCAGCUACCUCGGAGAACUGCCCACUUCUGGACCCGAGUGUGCCCAAUCUGAUUCACACUCCGCACUUGGCUUGGUUCUCCGCAAAAACGAUACGCGGCACCAUCGAGACUGUGAAAGCCAACAUCGAAGGCUUCGUGGCCGGCAAGCCGCAGAAUCUGGUAGUAUCCCGCAAGAGUGACCCUUGA